AAAAAAAACUCCGAAAAAAAGAUGUGCAUGUAUAUAUUUUAAGGCAAAAUGUAAACAGUUGCUGUUUUCUAUGGUAUCAGCUUGAUUUCGGAUUGCACUAUUUCAAUGCGACGGAGCAAGACAACAAUACAGCAUUCUUUGCAAUGAAGUAAACAUCAUGUUGACAGCAUGAGUUUGCGCAAUGAUUGCGUGAGCAACAUGGAAAUCGCAUCAAAAACAUUACAUUCAUCGCACACACUUUUCCCCGUGCGGUAUUUUUGGAUGGAUGGAGGAAUGUGUGGUAUUGAUUGAGGAAGAGUAGAUUUUAAUUUAAUCAUUGGAAGAGUAGAUUUUCUCGUCAGUUUUUGAAGUUUCUCAUCAAAAUUAAUUUAAAUCAAAUUCGCUGCAAAUAAUUGCGAGAUGCUAUUAAUAGGAUUUGAGCCAAAAAUAACUUUCUCCCCAAAAAUGUGCAACAACACAAAAACGUAUACGUAAAAGAGGAAUGAAUUCAGAAUGGCAUCAAAAUGAGAGUGAGUUGCGCGAUACUCAUACACAGACCCACGCACAGAAAAGCUGAAACCGACUUUUCGAUGCAACAUUGUCACAAUACAUUUUAGUGUGUUAUUAUUGUUUGUUCGAUUCUGCAGUUUCAACGUGCUAGUUAAUCCCUCGGCUGAAUAUUUGACGAAAAGAGUUUUUUUUCUUCGCAGAAUUGCAAGUUGACGAUGUGAUUUGAGUUGAAAUUCAAACGAUAGAUUCAAUUAAGCAAUACAUUUUCCGACUGAUUACAAAUCAAAACCGACUCAAUUUUCGCUGGGAUAGAAAAAAAAACUAAAUAAGGAAAAAUCCACAUGUGCAGUGUGUACACAUCUGUGGUGUCUCUUCCAGCAGUGGCUUCCACAUUUGAUAGCUCCGUAGAACAGUUUCUUAAUUGAAUUUUCCGCAUUGCAUUAAUACAUCUAUAUAUAAAAAGGCACGAAGUGAAAUAAGGAAGGAACAUGGGAAAGUUUGGCAAGUUCGUUUAGUGAACACAUGCAGAGCAUGGAUGAAAAUGUGUACAUCGGCAAUGGUGAAUUGUCGCAGUUUGUGGAAAAUUAUCCUAUGAAAUGGUUAUACACACAUUCGUUGUGAAUGUUCUGUGUGACAUCAACUACAACAUCUGCUGCUGCUGCUGUUGUUGCUGGUGCUGUCGGUGCUGCUUCUGCAAAUGCACAGGGGAUCGAUAUACGUGAGCAUAUUUUUGGAGUCAUUAGACGUAAGCAAUUAAAAAGAGUGUCAGUUGAUUAGAUCGUUGGGCAAAAAAUAGAUCAGAAUCAUUUUCUCCGUGUGGAAGUAGACACUUGUCGCAACCAACGAGCCGAACGAACGACCAAUGCAAUGACUUGAGUAUCGCUGGCAAAUUGGAAACGAGCAAAUACGUAGAAGUAGAAGAAGAAGAAGAAGAAGAAGAAGAAGAAGAAGACCCACAGACAGCCAAACGAAUAGAUCGUGUGACAUACAAAAAUAGAAAAUGCAGCUGAAUGGACGAUGUGAACAGUGAAUCACAUGCACAUUGCUUGUUAAAAUGCAUAAUCAUUUUGCGAAAGUGGAUCCUGUUCUCGGUGCGAUACCAUUAAUUACGAACCGGAAAAAGUCUUCCUGUGCCACACUAUAGUUCGGAGAGAGAGAGAGAGAGAGAGAGCAAGCAGUGAGAGUCAAUCCGAUGCGAUUGUCAACUGUGUAAAUCUUACAUACAAGGAAGCCGAAACGACAACCACGUCGACGACGACAACGAAGAAUAAGGAGCUAUGUAGAGCACCAAUAGAAGCAGUCCCAUUAUCACCGAAAGAUAUGUGUGCAAACAUACAAAAUGUGUACGUUCAUCAUUUUUCGUAUUUACAUCGCCGCUUCAAGCACCACACACAACUCAACGAUACUCAGUCUUAACUCUCGUGUGUGCUUUCGUUCUUGAAUUCUUCGGAAUAAAUUUGCAUAAUUUAUUUCUACUUCAGUGUUGUGUAGUUUGUUUUUUUUUCUGCUCCUCCGCUAUAUUUGUGAGCCGUUGUUCCUUCAUUCGUUCCUUUAAUUUGCUGCUUUUCGUGUGGGGCCGAGCGUUUGCCGUGUGCGCGAGAAACUGAGAAAGACAGGGAGGCAGAGUAUGUGUGUGAGUGUGUCGCGCGCGCCAGGCGCUUUUAUUCACUAGUUCAGCCAGAGUUCGGCUUAUAAAGUGAAAAUGCUGAACGGCUUUUAGUGGCAGAGCAGAAAAUUAACAACGUUACAACACGAACCGUGUACAAAUGUGCGUUCCUUUUUUCCAAUUUUCCCUUGCUGUGUGCUCAACACGAAGCGCGAAAAACUUUCGAAACAUUUGACAAUCAUUCACUAUUUUUAGAGAGUGCGAGCGAACAUUUCAAUUGUGAAAUCGGUGAGCACAUGACCGUGUUGCUGGUGCCGCUGUUGCUGACAUUCAAUAUUCCAAAGGGAUUCAAAUGGAAACCGUCGUUUUGGAAUGUUAAUUCAAAUGUCCUGCUGAAAAUUACCCAAAAAAGAAAGAAAAAAAAACAAUUAUUUCGACAAAUCUGCAUUGUGCGUUGUGCGUUGGACGACAACACGAAAAAAAAAUCAAGUGAACAUUCGUUUUUUUAAUGUGCAAAAAAAAACUGAAUCGCAUGUGAAUUUUGGAGAUUUUACUGCAUGAAAAAGAAGAAACAGAGGAAAAAAAAAACAAUUGAAUUGAAGGACGUGUUUAUUGAAUUUUUUUUUCGCUCCGUGAAAAUCCGGAGUGGAAACGACAUUUCGAGCGGAAAAAGGUUCAUGUGAUUUCAGUGCAUUUCAACAUAAAUAAAAAAAACAGCGGAAUUUUUGUUCAUGAGAGCCCAUCGCACACAGUGUCGCUGCUUAAAGCGAUUUAGUUUGUGUAUCAUUGCCAUUGGGCUACUACCCAUUUUAAUCGUUUAUUUUUUGGUCAGCGAUCAACUUUACUACCGCAUCAAACGGACCGACAUUGAGAAUGGCACUCAGUUUGGUGGCGACGACUCAAUGUCGCGGUCAUUAUCACCGAAGGAAAUGGAAAUGAUUGAAGAGCGUAUGCGUCAGCGAACCGAACGCCUCGCACAAAAAUGCACCGACUUUGGCUUGGACAUUCGAAAGAAUGAUUCGUUGCAUAAGCCAAACUCAUGGGAAUUUCUCGUAAAUAAACGAUACCAUUUGGUUUGGUGUAAUGUCUUCAAGGCGGCAUCCACAUCAUGGAUGUACAAUUUUAAUAUAUUAGCUGGAUACUCGCCAGAAUUCUUGCGUAAGAGCAAUAUCGUCCCACUGGAAUUGGCGCGCAAACGAUACGAACGGGUUACAGUACCGCAGCUGCAAAAGGCGUUGAAUGUAUCGGUGUCGUUUUUAAUUGUCCGUCAUCCAUUUGAAAGGCUUCUAAGUGCCUAUCGAGAUAAAAUUAUGUUCGCCAUACCGCAUUCACUGCACGAUAAAUUGGGCAAUAAAAUUAUACGAAAAUAUCGAAAGAACCGAAGACUUCGAGAGCCAAAAUGGCCAUUGUUCUCCGAAUUUGUAAGCUAUUUGCUGGAUGAAAUGGCGAAAAAAACACCAAAAACCGACAUGCACUGGGUACCAAUUACCGAAUUUUGCACACCGUGUCAAAUUAAAUUCGACAUAAUUGCAAAAUUCGAAACGCUCGACGCAGACCAGCGGUAUCUUAUCGAACGGGCCGAUCUGCGUAAGCACAUUUCACCGCAGUGGAAAAACUCGGGCAAAGGCAAAAACACCCAAGAAUUGAUUACGAAAUUUUUUUCCCAAUUGAGUAUUGCCCAAUUGGAUGGACUUUGUGAUAUUUACAAAUACGAUUUGCAAUUAUUUGACUAUGAUCCAGAACCAUUUUACAAUAUUGUUAAAAAUGCAUCGAAGAAAAUGGUGUGAACGACUGAGACAGACGACCACACAUACACAAACAACAAUCUUGACGAGACAGCACAACUUUGGAAUAAUUCGAUUUAAAUGAUAAAUGAUCUCAGAAUAGAAAUUAUUUCACCGAGUAAAAAAGAUGCGAUUUUUUCGUUGAUCGUUUCAAUUCGAACAAAAGAAUAAGAGGUAAACGAGGGAGGAACGUUGAACUGGAGCGCACACAAUUAUUUAGUGAACGCAUUCAAAACCGUUUUAUUUAGCAUAGGAAUGUUAAAAGAUUUUAUUUAUUCGAUUCUUUAAAAAAAAAUCCCUCCAUUGAGAGUUUUAAUUGAAAUUCGAGGCAAUUCUAAAGGAGAAAAAAAAACAAUGCAAACUUUUAGGUGGUUUUUUCAUUUCCAAACAUCAUCACCCAACUAAAAUUGGUAGCACACGCGAGCAAAUAAUAGUGACGAAUAAAAGUGUAGAAUAGAAAUUUGUAUAAUAACUCCAUCAAUUACAAGCAACCACAACCAAAAAAAAAAACACA